UCAGCCAUUUUGGGUUGUUUGUUCUUACUGUCUCCGUUUUUCAGCCCAGUGAGGCGAGAGAGAAACGCAUUGCAGGAAUUGAGAAGACAGACCAACGAGCAAAAACGUCGUUUUAUUAAUUAAUUGUAGUAUGGGUCCGCCAGGGAGCAGAAACUGCUGUGUAACAUUUGAAAGAAUGGAGGAUUUCGGCUGGUUGGUCAGUUUAUCUUGACAUGGCUUACUGGAGGGUGGGGGCCAACGUUUAAAAGAAGAAAGAAAAAAGUAAAACUAUUUAAAAACAAGAAAGCGAAUAAAGAACUGAGACGACUUUUCAAUGAUACUUUAAGAAAGGAUGUCAUUGGUGUGUAACCUGUAGCCAUGGCGUUACUAUAAGAGAUUACAAAAUGACGGAGUGUAUUGUAGUUAAGCUAAAAAAGCCGGAACAAGACAGAAUGUAAAAGGCGGAGAAUCAGGCAUUACUCCCAGGCCAUGAUUACGUUGCGUAGUACGGGGAGAUAAGAUGUAGUUGUAUAGUCUCAAAAGACUCGUGACAACCUCCACUAAAUUUACAAUUACUGAGGUAAUAGUAAUGCUAACGAACUCAGAAAUGAUUUCUCAUUUUUUUCCGUUUCCUCUGUUGGUGCCAACUAUGUUUGUUUGGCAUGUGCUUGCAUCUGCCUUGGCCAUUUUUACCUAUCCUUUAAUUACGUGUUCAUAAAAUAGUCACUUAAGACAAAAGUAACACCAGCCAAGAAUGAGGUUGGGAGAAGCCAAACGUGUGUACUUAUUUUAUAUUUGGUAGCAGUUGCGUAGGCAUGGAUUUGGCAGCACCCUUUCAAGUUCUUGUCAUUUGCAUUUAUAAAAAUAAAUCGCAGCUUGGUUUGACUUUUUUCGGUUAGUUUAGGUCACGUUUAUUGUUUUUGGACCCUUUGUUUUACAAGUGACAUCUUUUUGGUGGACUGUUUCAUUCAAUUGGUUUUUCUACAUAUAACUAUGAAAAAUAAUAUAUUUAAAUAAGCUCAGCCCUCCGUAUAUUUUCAUCAUGACUGGAAAAAUGACUUAAAUUAUUUAAGUCUUGUCCUUUAGAAGUAGAAUAGGACUUAAGUAGUGUAAGAUACAUUAUUACUUCUAGUUUCUCAAGAAACUUGCCCCGUGUUCAGAUUUUUUUUUUCAAAAGUAAAUGAAUAAAAAUAGGAAACGCCACCAGUAAUUCACAAUGGGGGACCCAAACUCCCGAAAAAAACAAACUAUGAACCGACUUCGUGCUCAACUUAGGAAGAAAAAGGAAUCGUUAGCUGAUCAGUUUGAUUUCAAGAUGUACAUUGCCUUUGUAUUCAAGGAUAAGAAGAAAAAGUCUGCACUUUUUGAAGUAGCUGAAGUGGUACCAGUUAUGACCAAUAACUAUGAAGAGAAUAUUCUUAAGGGUGUGCGGGAUUGCAGCUACUCUUUGGAAAGUUCCUUGGAGCUUCUGCAGAAGGAUGUUGUGCAGUUGCAUGCACCCCGCUACCAGUCCAUGCGCAGGGAUGUCAUAGGUUGCACCCAGGAGAUGGACUUCAUCCUUUGGCCUCGCAAUGAUAUCGAGAAAAUAGUCUGUCUCCUGUUCUCCAGGUGGAAGGGAUCUGAUGAUGAGCCCUUUAGGCUUGUUCAGGCCAAGUUUGAAUUCCAUCAUGGAGACUAUGAAAAGCAGUUUCUGCAUGCACUGAGUCGGAAGGACAAGGCAGGAAUUGUCAUGAACAACCCUAGCCAGACGCUGUUCCUCUUUAUCGACAGACAGCACUUGCAGACUCCAAAAAACAAGGCCACGGUUUUCAAGUUAUGCAGCAUCUGCCUGUACCUGCCGCAGGACCAGCUGACCCAGUGGGGAGUGGGAAGCAUUGAGGACCACCUCCAUCCCUACAUGCCAGACUAGUAUCUGGGCCAGCAAAACAGGGAAGAGCCCAGACAAUUACAACAGCAAAUUCUCACUUUCUCAUCUCCAGAGUUUAGAAGACAAGUGAACUCGUGCUUGGAACACUCAUAACAAUUCUCAUUCAUCCUGGAUCUAACAUUUUAUGAUUCAUUUUAUUUUUUUGUUGCUAUUUUUGUUUAGAUUUUUAAACCCAUUUGCAUCUCUAAACUUUUUUUUUUUUCUGCAUGAACAUUGUGGUUUGAAAGGCUGCUUUUUGCAGUAGCAUUAUUUUCGCAGAAAUUAGAAAAUUUAAGGAACUCUAUACACACAACAGGAACGUCAAGUCUUAAGGUGGUCUUAUUUUUUGCAGGUCAUGUACUCUUGUCAAAAGCAGUACAGUCUGAAUGUCAGUAUUUACACAGGAUGAUGGAUGAUUCAUAGCAGAGAAAUCGCAUAGGAGUGAAGGCCUACAAGCAAAACAGGUGUUUAACUAUAGCCUAUUAAGUCCUGCAAAUGCAGUGAAAUGUAAGCAGCUAAAAAUGAGGUGGGAAAAUAUUUGGGGUUCAGAGAUUUCUGUUCAAUGUAGGCAUUGUGGUCUUUCUUUUGCUGAGCUGUUUUUGAGUUUGCUGAUACUUUUUGUUGGAUCUCUUUCCCUGAAUUGCUGUACAAGCAUCUAAAAGAUAUUUGUUUUAAGACUUGCACAGGUUAUCGAAAGGUAUACCCUAGAAAAGACCAGAGAUGUAAGUAGCUUCAGAAAAGGUAGCUAAGAUCAUAAUUCUGGUGCAAUAUUGUUAAUGCAAAAUUCUAACUGCAAAAGACAAAUGUUUUCAAUGCAUACAGUCACAUUGUUACCAUGCAAGAAGGUUAUGCAUAACAUUGUAGCUACUGAAAACCGAAUACAUGGAUUUAUAUGUGGGGGAAAUGCAUUUACAGAAAACCUGAGGUACCGAGCAAUUAUACACUGUGGUCAAAAAAAAUGUGAGUGUUUAGAUUUAAGAAUUCUAUUUUGACAUGCAAAGCUGUAACAGAGUUAAUUGUUGCAGUGCUUUCUUUGGCUGGGUAUUUUGUAAGCUGGCUUUACUGGGAAUAAAAGCAUGAAAUCA